AUGCCCCAGCCAAUACCACCUCCAAAUGCAUAUACACCAGGUACAAGACUAGUUGUUGGAUCACAUAGAGUAAGCAUAAUUAAAUAUAUAUCUCAAGGUGGUUUUGCUACUGUAUAUACAUGUCAUAUAGAGCCAGCGUUCCAUGGCUCUAGCACAGCAUGUUUGAAGAGAGUUGUUGUUCCUAGUAAAUGGCAGCUAAGUUUGUUGAGACAAGAAGUCGAUGCUAUGCGAAGAUUAAGAGGAAACAAACAUAUAGUAUCAUAUAUCGACUCGCAUGCCUCGCGAUUGGUGAAUGAUGAUGAUAAUGACAAUACUAACGGCGGCGGAGGCGAUGCUGCAGACCUGCAGAGACAGUAUGAGGUUUUGUUGUUGAUGGAGUAUUGCGAGAACAAUGGAUUAAUAGACUUGAUGAAUACUCGUUUGGUCAAUAAGUUGACGGAGAAGGAGAUAUUGGACAUUAUGUACCAGGUAACCAUAGGUGUCGCAAUGUGUCACCACCUAAGACCACCAUUGAUUCAUCGAGACAUUAAAAUAGAAAAUGUGCUAAUAGAUGCACACCAUGUUUGCAAAGUAUGUGAUUUUGGAUCUUCGAUGAAUUAUAUGGCACCCCCAAAGAAUCCCCAGGAACUACAAUUGAUGAAGGAUGAUCUUUUGCAACACACAACUCCACAGUAUAGGGCCCCAGAGAUGAUUGAUUUGACCAAAGGGUUUCCCAUUGACGACAAGCUGGACAUUUGGGCAUUGGGAAUAUUUCUCUACAAAUUGUGUUAUUAUACUACUCCGUUUGAACUGCCCAACCAGACAACUCUUCAAGACCUAGAACGAACUAUACUCAAUUGCUCGGAUACUUUAAGAUUCAAAGACCAGCCGGGACUGAUGUUUUCUACUCGAUUGAAGAAUGUCAUCAAAGUUUGUCUACGAGCAGACCCAAGGAGACGUCCAAAUGCGGUACAGUUGUUGGGAGAAAUCUCACAAAUGAGAGGCGAUUCAAGAAUACCAAAUGUGAUACCAGCAAGCGUCUUGGAGUCCAUAAAGAGCAAACAGCAACAGCAACAACAACAGCAGCAACAGCAACAGCAGGAGAAACAACAAAACUUGAAAAGUUCUGCAACCAUCACUCCUGCACAUACUCAGCCACAAUUGCUGUAUCACAGCCAAGAUACCAGAAAGCUUAUUCAAACCAAACCUAUUGACGCAUUUGCGUCUAUUGAUAAAACCAAAUUUUUCAAUAAGAUUGAGCUUAAGAAUGCAUCCCCAUUUGAGCUGGAGCCAAUCAAGACGCCAUCACGUCCACUAAGUGCAUAUUUUGAUAAUGGCCACAAGUCAAAAGUGUAUACUCAAGGUAAUAAGUCUACACCAGCGAUACAAGAUCUCGUUAAGAAAGAGUUGGCAAAAGGAUACAAAACUACCGAUUUAGGAGAAUCCGAAAACACGCUUGAGUUUUUGAAGAAUAGAGAAAAUGAAAGGCAUGAGAACGAAAACGGUAUCAAAUCAGCUUGGAAUAGCUUGAGGAGGUUAAGUACAGGAGGUAGCAUUAGGAGAAUGGGUACCGGAGGCAGUAUCAGCGUAAACAAUACUGGUGCUUCAGAGAGAAGGAAAAAUAUAAGGGAAGUAAAGACUGGAAGCAGAAAAUCAACCGAAAGCGACAAAUUGAAAACAACAUACUCGAGUGAGGAGAAAGAAGUUCGGGUGGAAAAGGAGAGCUCAAUACAGAAAAAGAUGAAAGCAUUAUUGGAUCAAAGUGAAAGACAGGUGGUGCAAAAAACAGCUCAUGGAUAUGGAAAAUUCACCGAUAGAAAUGUUACAGAGGAUAUAGACUCCAUAAAUGAGUCGCCUUAUCAAAAUCAACUUCACCAUCAUAAUCAUGAUCAGAAUCCUCAUAAAACAUCUACUCACCACCAUCAUAAGAAAUUAUCACCACCCAAAGUCCCUGUUGAAUUAUCCUCAAGUAGAAAAUCAUCAGUACCUACAAAAGUGCCCAAGCCUCAGCGUCCAGUGAAACCAAAACAUUUACAACCACCAGCCAAACCGAAAAAGCCAAUAUAUUUAAAAUCACCAGAGAAGAGUAGACAACUUGAACGUAGAUUAAGUACGAGCAGCGAAUUAUCCAUUCCAGAUAUUGAUGAUUUAGAAAAACAGUUUGCUAAAAGAUUUCCCAGUUACGUAUAA